AUGGGUUAUCAUGAAUUUCAAGCAGUUAUUCUUGCAGCUGGUAGAGGAUCAAGAAUGACUGAUUUAACUUCAGGUAUACCAAAAUGUCUUUUACCUGUCGGUAGCAAACCUAUAAUUUGCCACACAAUUGAUGUUAUAAAAAGAGUCGGUGUUCAAGAUGUGUUCAUUGUUGUUUUGGAAAAUGAACUGAAUGAAAUCAAUCAAUCGCUUCUUUCUCAUAAAACUGAAAUAAAUUAUGAAUUGGUACCACUUCCUUCUGAUAGCGAAGAUUGGGGAACAGCCGAUUCUCUAAGAUAUUUAAUUAAUCAAGAUAAAAUAAAAAAAGAUAUUCUUAUAGUUACCUGUGAUUUAUUUACAAAUGCAAACAUUAAUAAACUUUUAACAACUUACAGACAACAUGCUGCUUCUUUUGCAGCCAUGUUUUUUUUACCAUUGCAGUCACAGCCGUUUGAAAUACCAGGAAUUAAAUUAAAAUAUAAAGCAGAAAAAGACAUUGUCGGAAUUGAUUUAGAUACGAAAAGAUUAAUGUUUCUCGCAUCUGCUAGCGAUUUCGAAGAAAAUGUUUCUAUAAGUACUUACAUAUUAAAAAGACAUCCCAGAUUUAAUUUAAGAACAGAUCUUACAGAUGGUCAUAUUUAUUUAUUGUCUUAUAAAUUGGCUAAAUAUUUAGCAGUAGAAAAGUCAUAUGGAACUUUCAAGGGAGAAUUCAUACCACAUAUUGUUAGUAAACAACAUGUAAGAAAAAAUGUUGGAAAUGAUGAGGGUUCGGUUGUAAACGAUGAAGUUCGAAAAACAUUGUCCGAAUAUUUAAAAGAAACCAAAUUGGAAGAGAACAUCAUGGAAAUGACUGCUUACAAUGAUCACGAUGGAGAUUUGAAAAAAGCAUACCAUGGAGAUGUUGUAAGGUGUUAUGCAGUUUUCUGUCAAGAAAAUGAUUUUGGAAUUCGAAUUAAUUCGUUGCCUGCUUUAUGUCAAGCUAACUGGCUGGUAAGUUUUAUCAUAAUAGGAAAAGAUAUAUUGGGUAUGAAAAUACAUCCAUCAGCAACAAUCGAAUCAAAUCAAAUUGAUUCAAAUUCAUUUGUUUGUAACAAUUGUAAAAUUAAAGAAAAAACAUCGAUAAAAAAUUCAAUCAUCGGUGAAGGGUGCGUCAUAAAUCCUAAAACUAGAAUAUCACGUUGCAUUUUAUUUAAAAAUGUCGAGAUUCAAGAAGGGUGCGUUUUAGAAAAUUGCGUUAUUGCUAACAAUAGCAUAAUCGAAUCCAAUUGCGAUUUAAAAAGUUGCGUUGUCGGUUCUAAUUUUUGCGUACCUAAAGGUACAAAAGCCAACAGACAAGUGCUCACAAAUUCUGAUGAUGUUGAAAAGAUAAUAGAAUGUUUGGCAAUUAUUAGUGAAGAAAAAAAUGUAAAAGUUAUGGUCCAAGAAACACUUAAAGGUGCAUUAUUAUCUGGAAUUGGAGCUGCUUUGGGAGGAUUAUUCAUGGGUGGAAAAGGAUUUCUUCUUGGUGGAGGCAUGGCUACAUGUUUAGCAGAGAAUUAUUUACCAUUAGGAACAGUUUUAAAGAAUCUUAAAGAGGAAGAAAAAAGAGAAUUAUGUAAUCUUUUAAAAGUUACAAUGGAACUUGCAAUUCCCGCAUUGCUGUCAGUUUUGCAUAGCAGGACCGAUCCUGCUGUUGAAAAGGUUGCUCUCGAAGUUGCUAAAGAAUUUUUAAUGAAAGAAAAAAAUCUUAGAGUGACAUAUUAA